AUGGCGCCGACACUGCUUGCUGCAAUUGACCUGGUCAGCCAGUCCAACGCGUCGCAAGGCCUCGACGAACAAGCACUGUCUUUCGUUGGCAGUGUCUUUGUAAGAGUCACUGACGGAACAGUGGACCAAGCUCUUGCACACCUCCAGCAGUCUGUUGGUCGCUAUUCGAACUACCUCGGCGUCGCCACGCUUACCUCGACCGACGAUAUCCUUUCGCUUCUCGACGCCGGUGCCGCCAAAGUUUUCGUAACGCGUCAGCAGUUGGACACGCUCAAGUCAUUGAACAUCGAUCAGGAUAGAAUAGUACUAUGCUUGCCAGGAAACAGCCGGUCAGAGGUAAUCGAUGCGAUAUCGGGCACCCAGGUCGACGUCUACUCGCACCAAGUGCAUGACAUCGACCUCGUCGAGGCAUGGCUGAAGGAAUAUGGCCCAGACAGGCCCAAUGUCUUCGUCUCGUUCUCCGAACCAAAUCUCGAGAAUUCAUUGAAGCUAGCGAAGCUCUCAGCGAUCCCGAUUAUUCCUGCCCAAUCUCUCACGAUCGACGAGAAGAAGGACUCUAGCUUGAUCAGCGUCGCAAAGCUAGUCAUGGCAAACGCGACGAGCGACCGGCCCGAUGGACUCUAUACGACACUCGUCACCGAUGAAAGAGGCGUUGCGCUCGGACUGGUUUAUAGCAGCGAGGAGAGCGUCGCAGAGAGCUUGCGGACUGGACGAGGUGUCUACCAGAGCCGGAAACGGGGUUUGUGGUACAAGGGCGAGAGCAGUGGCGACAUACAAGAGUUGGUGUCCAUGUCCUUUGACUGCGACAGUGACUGCUUGCAAUUUGUUGUCAGGCAAAAGGGCAGAGGGUUCUGUCACCUGGCUACUCCGACAUGCUUUGGAGACUACCGUGGACUAUCGAAGCUGCAAAAAACACUACAAAGUCGAAAAGAAUCCGCACCCCAAGGAUCGUAUACCGCGCGAUUGUUCAACGAUGCGCAACUUCUACGAGCGAAAAUUCUGGAAGAGGCGACAGAACUCUGCGACGCGACUACCAAGGAGCACAUUGCAUUUGAGGCCGCAGAUCUGUUCUAUUUCGCUUUGACGAAGUGUGUAGCUGCCGGUGUGUCUCUUGAAGAUGUCGAGCGUAACCUCGACGCCAAGAGCAUCAAGGUGAAGCGAAGACAGGGUGACGCAAAACCCGCUUUCGCAGCACAGGCGGCAGCAGCAGUGAAUGGUACAUCGAACGCCGCUACCAACGGUGCUUCGAACGGGGUAUCCGUAGAAACACUCAAGGAAGCUGCUUCAGUACCCAAGAGCAAAGAUGAUCCGGCGGGUACAAAGGAUGUUCGCAUUGCCAUGAAGCGAUAUGUCACAGCACAAGAGACAUCAGAGACCAUUGCGGCAGCACUUCAAAGGCCGUCCCAGAAGUCCACGGAGAAGAUUAUUGGAAUAUGCCGGCCCAUCAUUGACGCCGUCAAGACACGUGGUGAUGCAGCACUACUUGAAUACACACACAAGUUUGAGAAGGCAACAUCACUGACAUCGCCUGUUCUGCGUGCGCCAUUCCCACCUGAGCUGAUGCAAUUGGCACCAGAAACCGCCAAAGCUAUCGAUGUUUCUUUCGAGAACAUCCGCAAAUUCCACGCUGCGCAGAGGGAAGAGAAGCCUCUCGUGGUCGAGACAAUGCCCGGCGUUGUCUGUUCGCGAUUCGCUCGACCCAUUGAGAGAGUCGGUCUCUACGUCCCUGGCGGUACCGCUGUUCUACCCUCCACUGCACUUAUGCUUGGAGUACCAGCGAUGGUUGCUGGCUGCAAGAAGAUUGUCCUCGCAACACCACCUCGAUCCAAUGGAAAAGUAACACCCGAGGUGGUUUACGCUGCACACAAAGUCGGUGCUGAGAUGAUCGUGCUUGCGGGUGGUGCACAAGCCGUGGCCGCCAUGGCUUAUGGUACCGAGAGCGUGUCCAAGGUCGAUAAGAUCCUGGGACCUGGAAACCAAUUUGUUACAGCAGCGAAGAUGCAUGUAUCUAACGAUACGAACGCUGGUGUGAGCAUUGACAUGCCGGCAGGACCCAGUGAAUUGUUGGUCAUUGCUGAUGCAUCUGCCAAUCCCGCGUUCGUCGCGUCAGAUCUGCUCAGUCAGGCCGAGCACGGCGUUGACUCUCAGGUCAUUCUAAUUGCGGUCGGACUGAACGAAGCUCAGCUAACAGCAAUUGAGGAUGAGCUUCACAAACAAGCGAACGCUCUUCCUCGUGUGGACAUUGUGCGCGGCGCAAUUGAACACUCACUCACGCUAGCUGCCAGCACGAUUGAAGAAGCCCUGGAACUCAGCAACCAGUAUGCACCAGAGCACUUGAUCUUACAGGUUGCGAAUGCAGAUAAGGUAGUUGAGCUUGUGGAGAACGCAGGCAGUGUCUUCAUUGGCGAAUGGACACCAGAAAGUGUUGGCGACUACUCUGCUGGCGUCAAUCACUCUCUUCGUAAGUCAAAUGAGUUUCGCUCUCCAAUGUGCAAUGCUAACAACGCGAUAGCCACCUACGGAUAUGCAAAGCAGUACUCAGGCGUCAAUCUGGCUUCCUACGUCAAGCACAUCACUAGCGCCCACCUCACAAAAGAGGGUCUGCAGAACGUGGGCCCGGCGGUUAUGGAGCUCGCGCGCGUCGAGGAACUCGAAGCUCAUCGCCGUGCGGUUAGCCUGCGACUUGGCGUAGCUUGA